AUGCUCUCCUGGAAUGCUGACUCGGAUUGUUGCUUGUGGGACGGAGUCACAUGCGAUCCAAUGACCGGUCAUGUGACUCGCCUUGACCUCGGCUGCUUCCCCCCGAACCCGACCUGCUACUCUUCCGCAGGGUCUUCAAACGGCACUGAGCCAUCUACUUUUGGUCUACUCAAUCUUCCUUCACCCCAGGAAGCUGAAAGACCAUCAGGGUCAAACAAGCUGCGUCAAAAUCUGACCAUGUUAAGAGUCCUUAUUCUUGACGGGUUAAACAUGUCUGGCAUUGAUGUGACUCGCUUAAGUAAUCUGCCUCCAUCUCUGGAAGUCCUCAACCUCUGUUCGUGUAAAUUGCACGGCACUUUAGCAGCAAACGUUUACUAUUUGCCAAAGUUAAUAUGCCUCAAUUUAUCCGGCAACAAGGAGCUUUUGGGUUACUUACCUGAAUCAACUUGGAACAACUCUUUGAAGGUUCUGGACUUGUCCUCCACAGGCUUCAAUGGAGUAUUACCAGAGUCCAUCGGUAAUCUGCAUUCUCUGCAGAUACUGUGGCUGAACCGGUGUAGCUUCACGGGUUCUAUUCCAUCAUCACUUGGUAACCUAACACGGCUCACCCAUCUGGAACUUUCAUAUAAUGAGUUUAGUGGGCAGGUUCCUCCAACUUUGUCAAACCUUGAUCAGCUCAGUUUGCUUGAUCUUUCCUCGAACAAUUUCAUAGGUCCAAUACCUGAUGUCUUUGACAAUAAGACACGACUUCUUCUUCUGGAUUUCUCACAUAAUCUCUUCAAGGGUCCUAUUCCUCCAAGCAUAAAGAAUCUUUCAAAUCUUGCUCGACUUGACAUUUCCAACAACCUCAUUGGUGGGUUUAUACCGUCGUCACUGUUCUCUCUUCCGUCCUUGAAAAGCCUAGACCUCAGUAACAAUGAGCUCAGUGGUCACAUCGGCGAGUUCCUUGCUGCACCUGCAUUAGACCAUGUUGACCUGAGUGGUAAUCAGUUGUGUGGUUCAGUCCCGAGCUCAAUUUUUCAGCUUAGGAACCUCACUUUUCUGAGCAUCUCAGCAAAUAACCUGACUGGUGUUUUAGACCUACAAUUGCUCUCAAGACUCGAAAGUCUAACAAAUCUCGAUCUUUCAGACAACAUUUUGUCACUGAGCAAUAGCGAAAACACCGAGCAUGUCCUGCCGAGCCUCUUGUCCGUCAGUCUUUCCGGGUGCCAAGUUACGGAAAUGCCCGCAUUCUUGAGAAAUUCAACCAGUAUAGAAUGGAUAGAUCUGUCUGGAAACAGAAUCCGCAGCGAUAUUCCAUCAUGGAUGUGGGAUAUUGGGGCCAUGUCAUUGUCUUAUCUCAAUCUUUCCCACAACUUUCUCACUAGCUUUGAACAAGUUCCAUGGAGAAAUCUUAUAAUUCUCGACCUGCAUUCGAAUUUAAUCCAAGGGCCGGUUCUGCCUCCAUCAUUCCCAAACUCGAUUCUCAUCUUCUCGCUAGCCAGCAAUCAAUUGACUGGCUAUAUACCUGGUUCUAUUUGUGAAAUGAAGGGCCUCCAAGUUCUUGACCUCUCGCAUAAUAAUUUCAUAGGCAUGAUCCCGCAAUGUCUAGGGAACGUCAGUGACGGCCUCUUAGUGUUGGAUCUGCAAGAGAAUAGACUCUCCGGCACAAUUUCAUUGACGUUCACCGAAAAUGCAGCCCUGACAAGUCUUCACCUCAAUCGAAAUCAAUUUGAAGGCCCGUUGCCGCACUCUCUAUCCAAUUGCAAGCAACUUGAAGUGCUGGAUCUUGGCGGUAACAAGUUGAACGACACUUUCCCGAAAUGGUUGGAUAUACUUCCUAGACUGAGGGUUUUGAUCUUGCGAUCAAACAGACUUCAUGGCUCCAUAGGAAACCCAGGAACAGAAUUUCCCUUUCCGCAGUUGCGCAUUCUUGACCUUUCCUCCAAUGAGUUCACCGGUCCUCUGCCGAGCGCCUACUUUGGAAACCUAAAAGCGAUGAUGUUGACUGACCAGGAUGGACAGGAGUUGCAGUACAUGGACCAAGGUUACUACCAAGACUCCAUGAUUGCAACAAUGAAAGGACGGGACAUGCCAGCUGUUAGAAUCCUAGCAAUCUUGACGACCAUCGAUCUAUCAAGCAACAAGUUCCAGGGAAUAAUUCCUGAUGCAAUAGGAGGGUUAAGAUUACUCAAGGGGCUUAACCUCUCUCAUAACAAUCUUCAAGGCCACAUCCCUUUGCCUCUCGGGAACCUUUCUGAGCUUGAAUGGUUGGAUCUCUCUUCGAAUGAGCUUAGCGGGACGAUACCAACCGAGUUGACAAAUCUCACAUCUCUAGAGGUCCUAAAUGUCUCUUCCAAUCAACUAACAGGAUCAAUUCCUCAAGGGCACCAAUUCAACACAUUUCCAGCUGAAUCCUAUCAUGGAAACCCAGGACUGUGCGGGUUUCCGCUGUCCAAAGCUUGUACUAAUACCAGGGCGUUGCGGAAACUCCCCGUGCUUCCUGAAGGUGGGGUCCAUUCAUUCCGCGUGGAUUUUCUCGAGCCAAGGGCUACGGAAAUAGGAUUAGGAUGUGCCAUCUUCCUCGGACUAAUCAUGAGUAUCUUGAAAAACCUUAUUUCUAUCCGGCGGACAAACAGGAAUUUCAGGAAGAUUGCAAUGAAAGACGUUUCUCCGAUCGGGCCUUGA